AUGAUUCCAUUUGUCUUAUUUGUGUGUUUAACAAAUGUACCCAAUGUGCCAUCAUCGAACAUGAACAAUUCAUCAUUUUCGGCUAAUAAUACUAAUAAUCACGAUGAUAAAAAAGAUACUCCACAAGAAAAUAUCAAAGAUAUCCUCAAUGUUAUUUUGAAUUGCAAUGAAAACGAAGAUGAUGAUGAAUUAACACCUAGGAAUGGCAGUGAAUUAGAGGCCUUAUCAGAAUAUGAGUCCAUUUCAAAUUCAAGCAAACGACCUGUUGAUUCUGAAUCAGCAAGUAUCUUUCCGGCCAGUACCAAUUCUAAUUCACAACUCAAUCUUCGUAUUAUUGAUUUUAAUGAUUUACACAUAGGAGAUAUGAUUGGAGUUGGCGGUUUUGGUCAUGUCUUUCAUGGUAAAUUCGGUAAUAUUGAUGUAGCCAUAAAAACAGCAAAAUCUUUAGCAUCCUUUUGUUCUAUACAAACAACACCAGCAUGUGACGAUACAUCAGAUGCUGUAAAAAAAACACUUAUCGAUAGUCUUCUACGUGAAGCACGACUUUUCUCUAAUCUUAAACAUCGAAAUAUUAUUCAACUGUUUGGUGUUAGUCCUUCGUUAUCAACAAAAAAUCUUUAUCUUGUUAUGGAAUAUGCUUAUGGUGGCGCAUUAAAUUAUCUUUUACGAAGACGUCAAUUAGGACUCUAUCCAAAUGUAUUUAUUGAAUAUGCUAAACAAAUAGCUGAUGGGAUGAAAUAUUUACAUGAAGAAGCUUGUGAACAUAUCAUACAUCGUGAUUUAAAAUGUUCAAAUAUUCUUAUUUUUGAACAUAUUAAUGAUGUUCAUAAUGAGAAUGAUCUUUUACAGAAAACAUUAAAAAUAACUGAUUUUGGACUUGCUCGAAAACAAUUACAAUCAUCAAGUGUGUCCACUGCUGGAACAUUUGCUUGGAUGAGUCCUGAAUGUAUUCGUAAUACAGAAUUUUCAACAAAAUCAGAUGUUUGGAGUUUUGGUGUUCUUCUUUGGGAAUGUUUAACAGGUGAAGUACCUUAUAAAGGUUUUGACCAAAUGCAAGUUGCAUUCGGAAUUGCAACUAAUAAAUAUUCUCUUCCAAUUCCAAGUACAUGUCCAGAAGAAUUUUCACAACUGAUGACAAAUUGUUGGAAAGUUUCUCCACACGACCGACCCACAUUUAGUGAGUUACUUGAACAGAUCAAUGCAAUUAUUGAAAUAAACUAUAUGACAAAUGGAGUAAAUCAUAUGGAACCGAAUGAAGAAUCAUAUCAAUCAUUACAAAAAGAUUGGCGUGAAGAAAUUCAAGAUAUGUUUAAAGAAUUGAAAGAUAAAGAACAAGAAAUUCGUGAUCGCGAACAAGCCAUUCAUCAACGUUUAGUAGAACAAAACAAUCAACGUUUACAAUUAGAAAAAUGGGAACACGAAUUAUACCAACGUGAAAUGCAUAUUGUUGAAUUGGAAUUACAGUUAUUAAUUGCAAAAAAUAAUCAACAACGUACGCAACAUCAUACACCUAAAACAUCAAAUAAAUCCGGAGGCUUUUUUCGCUCAAUUCUUAACGGAAAUUCUAGUCAAUCAUCCGGUAAUAAUACAUCAAUCAGUAGUCCAACAAAUUUUCGUCAUUUAAUAUCUGUAUGCUACAAUCAACCGAUAACUGAUCAAACUUUCUCACCAAAUAACUCUGCAAUAUCUCCAUCAUUCUCCUCAUCUAUAUCAUGUCAAAUGCCGCCGAACUCAGCAAUUAAAUCAUCGAUUCCUGAAUUUAAUCGUUCCAUUUCAAGUAAUAGUACACCAACAACACCCAAUAUGAGUCGACUUCGCACAUUGACUUUUAAUCAUUUGGUUGAUGGAUCUAAUCCACCAACAUCUCCUGAGAAACCUCCACGUUCAAUUAGCCAAUCAAAGUCUUCGGGACGCAAAUCUAAAUCAUCAUCAUUAUCGGCUAUAAAACGAAAAUACGGAAAAGCACAUUCACAGAAUGGUGAUCCAGAAUGGUAUUUAGAAAAUUUAUCAAGAGCAAAUACAAAUAAUAAUAAUAACAACAAUAAUGAUAAUAAUACGGCCAUAUCAAGCGCCAUGUCAACUCCAACUAUUGAUCGACCAAGUCAAAAAUUAGUUUCGGGAAGUACCGUUGAAUUAAUUGAUUCAUCUUCAUCUUCGUUAUGUUCAACGCCCAACGAUCGCUCAUUAGCACGUGCUUUCUUAGAUAUAAAUUCUAUGUUAGUUGCUGUUGGACUUGGUCGUCGCAUACCUAUUCAAGUUGAUCCAUCUUCCAUUCGACCAAUACAACAUCCAUCGCUUGUCCUUCAUUCAUCAAAUGAAACAGUAACAAUAAGACAUCCUACAGAAACGAACACGCCAUCAGCUGAAACACUACAAGCUAAUGAACUUUUAAAUGUAGAUUAUCGAUCGGAACCUUUUAUUUCACCCAUUCGGCCUAAUUCACUUGUUCUAACUGCAUCACAAAGUUCUAGUCAAAAAAGUCAAAUUUUACGACCGCCAUCAAUAGAAAAUCAGCACAUGACUGAUGAUGAAAAUGAAAAAUACUAUUCAGCACAAUCAUCAAAAAUAUCAACACCGAUGAUAAAUUCAAUGGAUUUAGCAACUUAUAAAGCAAAUUUCGAAGAUAAACUUAAAUUAUCAUCAUUACUUGAUAUUGAUAAAAGUGAAGAACAGAAAAAACAUCAAACAAAAUCAUCUACACCUAAAAAUGAGACUCAUAAAAUUUUUCAUCAUUUUCAUCAUGUUCUUAAAAACGAUUUUCUUCAUUAA